AUGGCUUUCUCACUUCCUCCAACGCUCCAGAAGAGCCUUGACGAAAGUCGGGUCGAGUAUGUGAGGCUCGGCACAUCAGGCCUCCGAGUCUCCGUACCAAUCCUCGGCGCGAUGUCCUUGGGCUCAUCCAAGUGGAUGCCGUGGGUGCUCGACGAAGAUGAAUCCAUCGAGAUUCUCAAGGCGGCCUAUGAUCGAGGUUUAAACACAUGGGACACGGCAGACCUUUACACGAAUGGCAUUAGCGAGGAGGUCAUCGGAAAGGCGUUGAAGAAGCAUAAUAUUCCUCGCGAGAAAGUUGUCAUCAUGACUAAGUGCUUUCUCGCCAUAACCGAAGAGCCGGAUAUUUUUACGGGUCCGUGGCAGCAAGAGAUGUCACAGAUGAAGGACUAUGUGAACCAAUCAGGCCUCUCUCGCAACGCGAUAUUCAGGGCUGUCGAUGCGUCUCUGCAACGCCUCGGAACCGAUUACAUCGAUCUCUUUAUGAUACACAGAUUUGACCCCUCCACGCCUAUUGAAGAGACGAUGAGAGCGUUACACGAUUUAGUCGUGUCCGGGAAAAUAAGAUACAUUGGUGCCUCCUCAAUGUGGGCAACACAAUUCGCGCGCAUGCAAUCCGUGGCUGAGAAGAACGGCUGGACCAAGUUUAUCAGCAUGCAAAACUACUACAAUUUGUGCUAUCGCGAAGAAGAGAGAGAGAUGAACAGAUACUGCAAUGAAACAGGUGUGGGAAUCAUGCCAUGGUCGCCCAACUUCGGCGGUAAAUUGGCAAAGCCACUCGGAGACGCAGCAUCUGUGAGAGCACAGAUGCCUUCACCAACUGGCAACAGCCUUACUAAAGCAGACGAAGAGAUUAUCAAACGGGUAGAGGAAUUGGCCUCCAAGAAAGAGUGGAAGAUGAGCCAAGUCGCCCUUGCCUGGCUUCGUAGCAAAGGAGCAGUGCCAGUUGUUGGUCUGAACUCGUUGCUGAGACUUGAAGAAGCAUGCGAUCUGCGCGGAAAAGAGUUGACAGCUGAUGAUAUCAAGUAUUUAGAAGAGCCUUAUGUGCCAAAGAACAUUGUUGGUCAUACUUAA